AUGCCUUUUAGGAAUAAUUUUUCUCAUGGACUGAGUAAUCUACAGGCUCUUCCUGAGAAUAUUGGCUCGAAUUCGUCUCAAAAGAGCUCAAGAAGGGAUAAACGAGCUGACUUUGUGAAUGCUCCUGCUGAAUAUUCGGAUAGAGCCAGAGAUGAAAUUAGAAGACGACUAUUACAACCAAAUGGUACGGGGUUAACCCCUGUGACAACUAAUUCCAGCAGUAGGUCUAAACAAUUAUUUAGUAGUUCUCAUACCCAAACAGCAACACAUAACAACAGCAAUAAUAAUACAACACGUUUGUCUCUCUCUAAUUCAGGCAAUACAAGCUAUAUUGAUGCUGCUCUAGAUAACUCAGAUACUAGAAGUUUACACAGUAAUGCAACAAGUUUGAAUAGUUCUCAAACUGCUCAUAGUUUCCAUAGUUUACAAAGCAAUGCUCAUUCAAUCCCAUCCUUUUCUACACACAAUGAUACAUUGGAUUCAAGGAGUGUAUUUUCUGAUAAUGCUUCAUCGUAUCAAUCUAGUAUAUUUUCCAAUCCAUCAAAUUCUGGCGUUUCUAAUAUUACAAAUUUUACCAUUAACUCUUCUACAAAUAAUUCAAUUCCACCAUCCAAAUUUAUUAAAGAAUUAUCAUUAGAAGAUGCAUUACCAAAGACAUUUUAUGACAUGUAUUCUCCUGAUAUUCUUAUGUCUGACCCAUCAAAUUUAUUUUUUAAUGGUAGACCAAAAUUUACAAAGAGAGAAUUAUUAGAUUGGGAUUUAAAUGAUAUUAGAUCUUUAUUGAUCAUUGAAAAAUUGAAACCAGAAUGGGGCAAUAAUUUACCCACUAUCACAACUUUCAAUCAUCCUGAAUUACCAGUAUUUAAAUUCCAAUUAUUACCAUUAAACUCUACUGAUGAAUUUAUUAUCAAGACUUUGGUAGAAUCUGAUUUAUAUUUGGAAGCUAAUUUGGAUUUUGAAUUUAAAUUGACUUCUGCCAAAUAUACUGUUAAAUCUGCAAGAUCAAGACACGAACAAUUGACUGGUGAAAAUAAUCAAAUAAUGAAUUUAAGUAAACCUGAAUGGAGAAAUAUUAUUGAGAAUUAUUUGUUAAAUAUCGCUGUUGAAGCUCAAUGCAGGUUUGAUUUCAAACAGAAAUGCAGUGAAUUUAAAAAGUUUAAAAGUUUACAAUUAUCUGCAAGUUUACAGCAACAAAAGGAACAACAACAACAACAGCAACAACAGCAAUUGCAACAUGAUCAAAUUAAUUUAAGAAAACCAAAUAUGCCACCACCACGAAUAAUACCCACAAAUCAAUCUCAACAACAUUUUAAUAGUAAUGGCGAUACAAAUUCCAAAAGUUUAUUAAAGAAAACUUUAAUUAAAAACUUACAAAUGAAAAAUGGUUCUAAUGGCCAUCAUAAUUCUAAUAAUCCAUUUGAUACUACAAAUGAUGAAAACUCUCAUAACAAUACCACUAAUAUUCCUACAAAAAUAACGUUAACUAAACAAGAAAAGACAUUACUUUGGUCUCAAUGCCAAGCUCAAGUAUAUCAAAGACUUGGAUUGGAUUGGAAGCCUGAUAAUGUCGUAUAA